UAGCAAUAAAGGGAAUGUUUACAGUUUACAUUUUGAGUUGAGGUGGCAAAACAAAAAUAUCAGUUCCUUUGGGCUUUUCCGUGCAAUUAGGAGCAUCCGGAAUGGACUUUUUAGCCAUCAAGGAAGAAUUUACAUCCUCAAGUAUCAUUUGCCGAUUGUGUCUCGUUCAGAAUUCGAAUUAUUACGAGGUUUUUGGGGAAAAUCAUGAUCGUCCGGAGAUUGCUGAUAUCCUGCGGAGUCUCCUGGGAAUUUCAAUAUCUCCCCUGGACAACUGGCCCAAGAGCAUCUGCACGGGCUGUGUGGACAAGGUCUUUGACUUCCAGACACUCCAAACCAGAGCGAAAGACAAUGAAAUGCGCCUGGUGGAAGUUUUUGGGGAGUAUCAAGUUAAGGAGGAAAUGCCACCAGAUAGAAGAUCUCCGGUGUUUGUUUCCACAGAACUCAAGGAAGGUAUUAAAAAUGAAGAGGAAGAUGAUUGGGAUACAGCCACACACAAUAGCUUUGCCUCAGGAACCGAUGUCAAAGAGGAGGAUGACUUACCCUUAAGUGUUCGUAGGAAGCGAUUGCCCCCAAAGAAAUCCCAAUUGGAAAAUAAAAUAGAAUCCCAGACAUCCCAAAAACCAAGUAGAAGUCGUAGAGUAGCAAAAACAGAUAAAAUUUCCGAAAUAAAACCCGAAAAGAAGCCAAAGGAUGAAAAAAGAGAUGCAGAUAUUCAUACAUUCUUCAAAAUGGAAUGUGUCCUGUGCGAAGGAAAGGUCUUUCCACGAUUCCCAGAUCUUCAGAAACACUUCCGGAUAGUCCAUAAAUGUCGGGGGUAUGUUGUGUGUUGCGGGAAGAAGCUGAAUUCACCAAUGAAGAUGGAUCUUCAUAUGAAACAACAUAGAAAUCCAACAAAAUAUCAAUGUUCCAUUUGUCUGAAGUAUUACAAAAGCACAAAUACCUUGACUGCCCAUAAGAUCCUCCAGCACACUCCGCAAGAUCAGCGGGAAUUUGCCUGUGAUAAAUGUCCACAGCGUUUUGCAAUGUCAUGUGCUCUAAAGCGCCACAUGAUUGCCCACAUUGCUCCGGAAGAUAAAAAGCACGUUUGCAGUACAUGUGGUCAGGCCUUUGCUCUGCGCCACAUACUGGCUCAUCACAUUCGUCGAUUCCAUGAGAAUGCCUGUGAUUCCGUCUGCGAGAUCUGUGCCAAAGUCUACCGCAGCAAGUACCUGUUCGAAAAACACAUGGCUGAGCACAAUAAUCAACUGAAGCCUGUGGUUCCGUGCACAGUUUGCGGAAAGAUGUUCAAGUAUGUCCAGGCUAUGCAGAAGCACAGACGGCGCCACAAUACUUCAGGAUCCUUGGAGUGUUCAAUAUGUCAACAUGUUGCGUCCAAUCGCCAGGCCCUGCAUGAGCACAUCAAGUACAAUCACAGGGAGAGGAAAACAUUCCAGUGCAAUCUCUGUGAGCGAGUGUUCAAGAUGAGAAGGUCCCUGAAGGAGCACAUGGCUUCGCACACUGGUCAAACCCUCUACAAAUGUCCCUACUGCCCCAAAGAGUUCAACAGCAAUGGGAACUACUUCCAUCACCGGAGAACUCAUCAUCCAGUUGAAUAUAAGGCUGAUCUCGAGAGGAGACGUGCUGAAGAGAUUUGGGUGACUGACAGGAAAACAGAAUUUUCCUGCUUUUUUUUGUGGAUUUUUGUGCAAUUAGGAGCAUCCGGAAUGGACUGUUUAGCCAUCAAGGAAGAAUUUACAUCCUCAAGUAUCAUUUGCCGAUUGUGUCUCGUUCAGAAUUCGAAUUAUUACGAGGUUUUUGGGGAAAAUCAUGAUCGUCCGGAGAUUGCUGAUGUCCUGCGGAGUCUCCUGGGAAUUUCAAUAUCUCCCCUGGACAACUGGCCCAAGAGCAUCUGCACGGGCUGUGUAGACAAGGUCUUUGACUUCCAGACACUCCAAACCAGAGCGAAAGACAAUGAAAUGCGCCUGGUGGAAGUUUUUGGGGAGUAUCAGUUGCUGGAGAAGAUACUGAGCAGGACGACUUCUCCAGUUGCUUACCCGGAAUUUCAGGAUGAGGUUAAAGUUGAAGCUGGGGAUGAUAGCAUAAAGGAGGAAGAGAGUGAUAUGGCCAGUGACUGUGCUUCUCUGGUGAAUGUACAGAUCAAAGAAGAAAGUACUCAGCAGGCUUCUGAAGAACCCAGGAAACGAGGACGUCCAAAAAAGGUUCUCCAGAAGCGAGGAAGGAAGCGCAAAGUCCCUCCUCCGGAAUCUGAGGAUGAAGAUGGACAGACAGAUGAUAAGGAGAAGCCAUCGGAAGCUGAGAAGGAGUCUGAAGAGGCGAUUCGGCAGAAGAAGGAGGAAAGGAGACUGAGAGAUGAGAAAGUUGAUGCAGAGAUUCAUACUUUCUUCAAGAUGGAAUGUGUUCUGUGUCAGCUGCAUUUCCCGAAAUUCACCGAUGUCCAGGCACACUUCCGGGCGGCUCAUAAAUGCCGAGGAUAUGUGGUUUGUUGCGGGAAGAAGCUCAAUAGACCAAUGAAGCUGUACGAGCACAUGAAUGAUCAUAUCAAUCCAACAAAGCACCAAUGCCCAAUCUGUCAGAAGUACUACAAGACGCAGGGAGGUCUCCAGGUUCACAAGAGACUGCAGCACACUCCGCCGGAACAGCGAAAGUUCCACUGCGACAAAUGUCCACAGAGCUUUGCCAUUUCCUCAGCCCUAACAGCCCACAUGAUCAGUCACAUGGCGCCAGAAGAGAAGUCCCAUGUCUGCGAGACCUGUGGCCAGACUUUUGCCCUCAAGACCAUUCUGGUGCAGCAUGUUCGACGUGUCCAUGAGAAUGCCUGUGUUUCCGUCUGCGAGAUAUGCGCCAAAGUUUUUCGCUCCAAGAACAUCUUUGACAAACACAUGGCUGAGCACACUGACAUAACCCGGAUUCGCGUGCCCUGUAACAUCUGCGGGAAGAUGUUCAAGCAUCGCAUUGCCAUGCAGAGGCACAGAUACCGUCACAAUACUUCCGGAUCACUGGAAUGCCCGAUCUGCCAGCGAGUAGCGCCCAAUCGACAAGCCCUGCACGAACACGUCAAGUACAAUCACAGGGAUCGCAAGAAGUUCUUCCCGUGCAAUCUCUGCGAGAGAGUCUUCAAGACGAGAGUGUCACUCAAGGAGCACAUGGCUUCGCACACGGGUCAGGUCCUCUACCAGUGUUUAUUCUGUCCCAAACAGUUCAACAGCAAUGCCAAUUACUUCCGGCACAUGAAGAUGUCGCAUCCGCAGGAUUGGGAAGCUGAGAAGGAGAAGAGGAGAGCUGAGAGAGCGUCCCAAAGUAUAGAAUCGAAGAGCAAUUAAAUGUCUUGAAACCCUUAAAAA